UUUCGAUCAGCCGUGUCGCAGGUGCUCCGCAACAGUUGAGUCUGCUGAACGCGACCAUUGUGGUUUGUUGUGGUUUACUAGCCGAAAAAAAAAAACAACGUGCCAGCAUUAUGACAAUUCACAACUUGUACAUUUUUUCAAAAACCGGCACGUUGCUAUAUUACGCUGAAUGGAACAGAUUAAAUAAGUCGGGAAUAACAAAAGAGGAGGAGGCAAAAUUAAUGUAUGGAAUGUUGUUUUCCAUAAAAUCAUUUGUAAGUAAAAUCUCUCCGUUGGAUCCUAAGGAGGGGUUUCUGUAUUACAAGACGAGCAAAUAUACUCUUCACUACUUUGAAACACCUUCAGGUCUCAAGUUUGUUUUGAAUACUGAUAAUGCAAGUCAGAAUGCCAGAGAAUUAUUACAGCAAUUGUAUAGAGAAGUCUACCUGGAAUAUGUAGUGAAGAAUCCACUCUGUCAAUUAAAUGAACCUAUACAAAGUGAAUUGUUCAAAAUAAAGGUAGAUGAAUUAUUUAAAAAAUCUCCUCUAUUUCUAAGUCGUUCAUUGUAGA